AACAAAGGUCGUUGGCCUGGGUAGUAAGGAAUCCGUUCUUGCACUUUGUUUGCUGCCAAUUCUAUGUACAGCUUACACCUGCUGCAGGGUCUGUAUGUAGGAUUCUGCAAGAAGAAAGCUGAUAUAACUUGUAGAUAUUCUGCGCCGUGAUCAUCGUUUGAAUUUUCACUCGUGACGAGGAAACCGACAGAGAUACACUGAAUUGAUGAAUUUGUGGGAUAUUUGGGGCUGCCUGCCAUCUGAUACAGCACUGUAGGCCGGGGCGUUAUAUAUUUAGCCAUUGUAUGCAUUCUGACAGGAUUCGAACCAUUACCGCUUCGGAUGCCUCCGCCAUAGAGUAACUGAGGUGAUGACUGUAGGCGGAGAGAGGGGGAAAAGGAGUACAUGUGUUUGAGACGACUCUAAUUGUGCUGAAUUUGAGUGAUCACUUGGAAAGGCGUCCUAUGCUAGGGUGAGAGCGUAGGACCUACCGCGGUUUCAUGGGGGAUAUGCAGUCAGUCCACGAGAUGCCUGCGGAAGAGAUGACGGAGCUGUUGUAGGAGUUCGUGAUUCUUGAAGCGAAUAUUUAGUGCAUGGGACGACAGCUCUGAGAGUUGGUGGAUUGUUUUAGUUUGCUCUUGAGUGGGAUAGCGAAAUUGUGAUACGAGGACAUCUUACAUUGUUAAAAAUUGCUCUGCAUUAUGGGCUUUCAGUAGACUGUUUAAUUGAUAUUAUCAGGUGCAAUUGGUGUGGACUCUUGGUACUCUGUGAGACGCUUUUGGGAUUUUGUUUCUGGAGGCUAAAUUGGAACUAGCCAUGGCUGGUGGCCGGAAGCUCAUGGUGGAGGUGAUUGCCGCUAAAGGUCUGAUGCCCAAGGAUGGAGAAGGGUCAGCGAAUGCGUAUUGCGUGCUGGAUUAUGACGGUCAGCGCAAGAGGACGAGGGUAAAGUUCAAAGACCUUGAUCCUACAUGGAACCAGAAGUUCGAGUUCACAAUGCCUGCAAUGAGGAUGCAAGGUUACUUAGAAAUUAACGUUCAGAAUGAGAACAAGAGUGGGACAGGCCGAAGGAGUUGCUUCAUGGGUCGCGUGGUAGUUCCCAUGAACACUGUUCCUUCUAAACCCGAGGCAGUCCGAUGGUAUCAGUUACAGAAACGCGGCCUCUUCUCGCACGUCAAAGGCGACUUGGGGAUAAAAGUCUGGUUGCAGAAUUUGGAGACAGCACAGAAAGGCGGUAAGAACGCCAGAGAUAUCCAAGGAGAACCGGCAAUUGUCGCAGGUGGAGGUGUCCCUAAUGGUGAUGUCCUCGUUGUCGGGGCAGGAAAGUUAAACAAGGAAGCGAAAGCGGAUAGGGUGUCAGAAGGUCCUAGGCCUAGCACAAUCACCGUGCCAGAAGCUGAUUUCACUGUAAAGGAAACCCAUCCUAAUUUAGGAAAUGCUGUGGAUUACAGACAACACCAUGAUCUCGUGGAGGAGAUGUCUUACCUGUUCAUUCGUGUCGUCAGGGCACGGAAUCUGUCGGGAAAGGAUAACAAUACUCUGAGUGAUCCUUACGUGAAGAUAUCUGUGGGUCCUGUGAAGACGGAGACGAAGUUCAUCCCUUGUACUCAUAAUCCGGAGUGGAACCGAUGUUUCGCAAUUGGAAAGGACAAAAUUCAGGGUGGAACAUGUGAGCUUUCCGUAUGGGAUGCGGGUAAGAUUUCAAAAGAUACUUUUCUUGGAGGUUUUAUGAUUGAUCUACACGGAGUUCCCUCUCGGAAACCUCCAGAAAGCCCACUGGCCCCCCAGUGGUAUAGGCUAGAGUCAAAAACUGGCAACAAGGCGAUUAGUGGGGAUUUAAUGGUCUCAAUUUGGUGGGGUACCCAGGCUGAUGAAGUCUUUCCUGAAGCAUGGCACUCGGACACUGGUGAAAGCUCACAGUUCAGAUCAAAGCUUUACAUGUCACCCAAGCUCUGGUAUCUGCGAGUGAAUGUCAUUGAAGCUCAGGAUUUGUUGCCGACUGACAGGCACAUGGCGGAGCCGUAUGUAAGGUUGCACGUUGGACCGUACCAGACCCUACGAACAUCACGUUCUGUAACACGAGGUGGCAGCCCCUUCUGGAAUGAAGAUCUGUUGUUUGUUGCUGCAGAGCCAUUUGAUGAGGUGAUGCACAUCAUCGUUGAAGACAGAAUUGCUCCUGGGAAGGAGGAAAUCAUUGGACAUAUACGAAUACCCCUGAUGAGCAUAGCACGCCGCAUUGAUGGACGUCCCGUAGCGUCCAGGUGGUAUGUCUUGGAAAGAGAUGGUGGUAGGGGAGCUUUUCUGGGUCGGAUUCAUCUUCGUCUCUGUUUUGAAGGCGGCUACCAUGUUGUGGACGAGUCGUCAAACUACAUCAGCGAUACACGACCUACUGCAAGGCAGUUGUGGAAACCGUCUUUAGGUGUUCUAGAAGUGGGUAUACAUUGUGCUAAUAAUCUCCUUCCUAUGAAGACCACAAAAGAUAAUCGAGGAAGCACUGAUGCAUACUGUGUGGUCAAGUACGGACCUAAGUGGGUUCGCACUCGCACCAUCUUCGAGAGUUUCAAUCCUCGUUGGAAUGAGCAGUACACUUGGGAGGUUUUCGAUCCCUGUACAGUUGUUACAGUAGGUGUGUUCGACAAUCGGAACACUCUCACUGGCGGUGAGACACUGAAGGAUUUACCAAUUGGGAAAGUUCGCAUCAGACUCUCAACUCUGGAGAGUGAUCGAGUGUACACGAAUGCAUAUCCUCUACUGGUGGUCACGCCUCAGGGGGUGAAGAAAAUGGGUGAAUUGGAGAUGGCGGUGAGAUUUUCUACCGCUUCCACUGCAAAUGUAAUAGCUUCUUACCUUCAGCCCCAGUUACCAAGGAUGCACUUCUUCUACCCCCUCGACCCAAGACAAACGCACAUGCUUCGAGUGGCUGCUAUGAACAUGGUGGCGUUGAGGCUGAUGAGGUCGGAGUUUCCUCUGAGACAGGAGGUUGUACUGUUCAUGUUGGACACCGAGGCUGAGCGGUGGAGCAUGCGUCGCAGCAAAGCUAACUACUACCGAAUCAUGGGAGUGCUGGGUGGUUUUCUGGCUGUUAUGAAUUGGUUCACCGACAUCUGUAAUUGGAAGAGUCCCAUCACCACCGUACUAGUUCACAUUCUGUUUCUGAUCCUCGUUUGGUAUCCAGAGCUUCUCCUCCCCACAGUCUUCCUAUACAUGUUCCUGGUGGGGGCGUGGAAUUAUCGUUUUCGGUCACGGACGCCGCCCUUCAUGGAUGCCAAGCUUUCACAAGGAGAGUUCAUUGGACAUUUGGACGAGCUGGAAGAAGAAUUUAAUAUUGUCCCUGCGAACAGAGCUCAGGAGGUUCUGAAGCAUAGAUAUGAGCGUUUGCGCGGCGUAGCAGGACGUAUUCAGAAUGGACUUGGUUCACUGGCCAGUAUGGGUGAGAGGUUCCAAUCUCUACUGAUUUGGCGGGAUCCCAGGGCAACUGCAUUAUUCAUUGCAUUCUGUCUCGUGGCUGCUAUUGUCCUUUACGUGACACCGUUCCAAGUGGUGGCUGUGCUGCUUGCUGCCUACAUGCUACGACACCCUAGAUUCAGAGACCCUCUUCCCUCGGUGCCUCUGAGUUUUUUCAAGAGACUCCCUUCGCAGUCGGAUCGUAUCUUGUAGUGAAUAUCACCACUGUACUAGUUCUCUAUAGAAAAUCAUGAGUGUAAAUGACGUCGAAGCAGAUGAGUGUCUUUUUAAUUAUCGGACUCCUCCCUCCCUCGAUGGUUGAUGACACCCUUGUCUAAUUAAAAUUUUGCACAAUGAUCCCAAUCAACGUACGUUUCUACGAGAGUAAUGGUAAAUGGACAAUUUUCCAAUAGGACAGAACUAGCGGAUAGUAAUUUGGAAUCUAUCGAUGUAACGUGGCUUCAAAUUUCAGCAAUUUGAAAUGAACCAUCUUUCAACUCGUUGACCGAAACUAUCCA